CAAAACCACUGCGCUUGGGUUGGAGGAGAGGCGGUGGUUGCAAAGGCACAUUCAUCUCCCCUCCUUACAGAAAGCCAUUCUGAGUGCGAAACAGCCAAGUUCAAAGUUAUUCUGUGAUAGCAGUUUUCCUUUGCUUUUAGCCCCAAGGGUUUUAUACUAGUUUAAGAACGAGAAGGUCCUAACAAAUUUUUAAUUUGGUUGUCAUCGUGUUAAACUAUGUAUUUCACAAAACAAAACAUUUGAGCAGUUACUGUGUGUCAGGUGCCAUUAGAAGCACUUUGUUUACUUAUCACCCCACCUGUGAGAUGGGAGCCCGCACCCUCAUCAUCUUGCAGGUGAGGAAGCUGGAGCACCUCGGGGCCAAGCCAUCCGUGUAAGGUCCGGGAGCAGGCCUGCAGCGUCUGUGAUCUUAACUGCUGUGUAUUUGAUUCUUUGGGGUUUUUUAAUGUAUUUGACCUGUUGUGGUCAGUGCACAGAAAACAAAAUCUGCUGUCAUCACAGAAGGGGAUUUAUUAUAAAGUAGCCAAUGGCUUACAGAGUUACCGAGAGGACUGAGGAAGCAGACAAUAGGGAGAGCUUCCAGGAGCACCUGACAAAGCUGACCCCGAACCAGGCUGCCCAGAGCACCCCCAGCCCACCUCCACCAGAGUUCGAGCCGCACAGAGCAUGCAGCCUGCUUUUAAGUAAACUGGUUCAGUAGAGUGUCAAAACUGUCAUCUGUGAGUGGGUUCUGUGGGACACUGAGGAGCUGUGCUCCACAUCCGGGACCCUGAAGAGCAGGGAAACAAAACAGUGGCAGGAGAAGUCCAGUUGCUGAGGUUAAACAAGUUCUAUCAGGAAAGGUGUAAGCUCGAGAACUUUCUAACAUCUGAGAUGUCCAGCAGCAGAUGUGUGUGCCCGCUUGGCCACAUCCUGGAGGUGAGGGGUGGGUGGUGUUCCAGCUAAGGCUGGUAAAUAUCCAUCAAAUCUGUGGGUUCACCUCUGGGCUGCCCGUUACAAUAGCUAGAUUCUAAGUCCCCUGCCCACUCUAAGCAUAUCCAAAUCCCUCUAGAAACAGCACAUUUAAUCAGUUACUCUCACGCUCUGUUAUUUUUAUACUCAGACUCAAUGCCCAUCUGUCGUGUGUCUAAAUACCCACGUCUUUGGCUGGCUGAUGAAUUCAGUGUCACUACAGGGCCCUCGCUCCCAUCCUCCCUGCCAGGCAAGACCCACUUGCCUCUCCCAUCUGACCGCUUUGCAGCUUCCUUUUACUUUUUGCCAGAUUAAUGUAUGUUCUUUGGCUUAUAAUAACGCCAGUUCUUAUCUGCCAAUGUUACUUUUACUUAAGUGUUGUUGGGUUUGGUUUUUUUUUCCCUAAAAGGAAAAGGAACAUGACUAUAUUUCCACAUGUGUUAUAGGCCAAAUUGUUUCCCCUUGAAAUGUAUAUGUUGCAAGUCCCCAACCCCCAUACCUGAGACUAGGACCACCUGGAGAUAGGGUCUCUAAAGAGGUAAUUAAGGUAAAAUGAAGUCAUAGGGGUGAGGUCUAAUCCAAAAUGACUGGUAUCCUUAUAAGAAGAGGAAAUAAUGGACACAGCCAUAUGCACACACACAGGAGAGAUCAUGUCGGGACAAAGGAGAGCCCUGCUGACAUCCUCAUCUUGGACUUCUAGCCGCCAGGACUGUGAGAAAAUACAUUUCUGUGGGUCAGGCCAUCUAGUCUGUGGUAUUGUGCUCUUGCAGCCCUAGCAAAUGACUAUGACAUGAGAAUUCCUCAUUCUAGAAAGGUGCCUGUUGCUGCAGAAACUCAGUUCCCGCUCUCUGCCCAAGAGACCACUGCCUGUACUUCCCAAUGCCAGACAUGCCACCCGGGCCCCCUCACCUGCUGGCUCACCUUCCAGAACACCAUGGGUCUAAGGGUUUGAUGCCCAGCUUCUCCACCAAAAUGUAUGGAGGGAAGUAUAGCAGGAAUCAUUUAUUCAAACACUGUGAAAAUCCACAGCAUAAAUUUUCAAAUUCCAAAAAUGUGGAAGAGUUGCUUGUAAGGGCUCGAUAAAAUAUUUGUAGAUGAUAUUACCUGAAUUGAAAAUUUGUUUUAACAUAACUCUUCCUUUAAGAUUCUUUUUAGCUUCAACUUUUGAAAAAGUUUGUACUAAGAUUUAGGUUCAAGACAUGUACUUUGACCUCUCCAAACACUAACGUAACUACAUUCAUCAGUGGGGACACUUGGUUGCGAGAGAAACUAAACUCAAGCCAAGCUUGGUCAAAAUGGAGAAUUUGUUGUGGGGUCAUGGAAUCACAACAGGGCUGGCGUUGUGCCCAGGAUGCAGGACUCCAGUGAGGCCAGUACUUUAACUGGAAAGCACACCCUCACACAGACUGAGGACACAGGUUGGACUUCCUGAAGGAGGCGGCACCUGCCAUCGACUUCCUUUGCACGACCCAGGGAAUCAGACUGAUGAGCCCAGAAGCAGCAGUGGUAGCUCACCGGUGUUUGAGCCAACACUUGAUGCUUUGUCAGUUGUGAGUCAUGUCAGCUAAAGCGUGGGGACCACUCCUUGAGCAAGGAUAGCAUCUGGGCUCAACUUCUUAAUACUGGAGGAGAAAGUGCUGAGAGGAAGAAAAGAGAAACAGUCCCCAGAUGCCUCCAUUCCUACACAUUUGUCAGCUUAAACAUCGCUUGGCUAGAGUUGUCUUCUCUGCUUCUCCAGGUAAGUUUUACUUUCCUGUUAAGUGCCUUCAUAGAACCUGGACUUCUCCUGUGAACUCCUGAAGCUAAGUACCUGCUUAAUUCCCAUUAGACUCUUAAUUCCCAGAUAUAAGAUUAAUUCUUUGUCUAUUCUCUAUGCCUAACUAAGUGGCAUUUAUUUACAUACAAGACACUCAAAUAUGUUUGCUGACUACUGGGAAAACAGUUAAUUCUGUAUUAACUGCAAUCUACUCAGCCCAAAUCCAGUAGCUGAAGGCAACAUAGCCAAGUGCAUGCUAGCCCCUAACUGGCCUCAUCCCGGGCCGGUCUUCAUCCAUCUCUUUCUGUUUUGCUCAAGUGGUCAAGUAAAACAGUAUUGCCAUUGUGAUUUUGAGAUAGUCUGAAGGAUUGGCUAUGAUCUUUCUGUGCUGUGGAGAUGAAAAAAAAAAGGAGGAGAAGGAAAGAGGAGGAAGGUGAGGAAGAAAAAGGAAGAGAAGAAAAUUAAUUUUGGUCGGAAAAUUGGGAGGUCAAAGAGAUCUCUAGCUUCCAAUGAAGAGAACAGCAUCUUGGGAGCUGUAACUCUUAGAUGACAGAGCAGUACUCCUAAGGGGCCCUCACCUUUCCCUAAAGCUGCCAUUUUCCAGAAGCUCUGGCUUUUCUAAAUUCAAAAUAAGUCAGAAUUUGCUUCUCCCCUUUCUGUGUUCACCUGGCAUCUUGUAUGUUUCUCUGGCAUAGCAUGUGAUCAUCAUGUGUCCCAGCUGCUUGAGUAGGCUGGGCUCUGGAAGGCAAAGAUGAUGUCAUAUGUACAUAUAUCCAUCUCUAGGGCCUAUUUAAAAAACUUGUCACAGUUCCAAGACUUAAUAAUGUGUUGCAGAUACCCAGAAAGGUAGAGUGACCCAAGGGAAAGUGUGAGAAUCAGAAGCUGUAAGAUCUGUGGGACUCUACCACUCCAGGCUCUUUGUUUUCACCUUGUGCUUUUCUCUUCAUUUCUAUCAACAUGGCAUCCUGUCGCAGGAAUGAAAUAAAGAAUGAAAGCUGAAGAAAGUCCUAACAAAGUAUUUAGCACGCAGUAGCUUCUCAACAUCUAUUUCUUGAUUUAAAUGCUUCCAAAGGGAGCGAUCCAUCAGAGCUAAGAGCUGUCCCUUGCUAGUAUCAUCUUGCUAACCAAAUCCAGAAGAAGAACCAGACGGUGGAGAAUGAUUCACCCUCAUCGUCACCCAGAAUACUAAUCAGACUGGCAGCUUCCCAAGGGGCACCAUCUUCUAGGAUUAUACAAUAUGGAAGACCCACCAAGGAACGGAACUGCUUGGUUUUUAGCUUGCUUUCUUCGUUACACUUCCACAGGAACAAUAGUCUUUUCUGAAAUAUCUUUGUCUCUCUGCCAUAGAACCUUCAGAUGACCCUGUUUUUAAGGCUGCACCCUUCACACACGGUCAGGAGACUUUCAAGAUCACUGGGAAUGGACUGCAGUUUUCUUCCCAAAGCACCUACAAAUUCUUAUAUUCAUUUAAUAUAGAAAAAUGACUGUAAUAAUCUCCACAGCCUGGUCACUGGCAGUAGCCGAGCUAGGGUUUUAUGAAUAUAAUUUUUCUUUGUGGCCACAAAAAUAAUGGAAAUGUCAUUUUUUUUUUCCAGGAACAAAGGGUGAAGUUCCUGAGUGGAAAAGACAGAAUUGAUCUCAAGAGACUUGAACUAAGGUCUUUCCCAGAAACGCAUUUAGAGUCCACCUGAGACUCAAAGUGGGGAGAGUCCCCUCUUUCAACCCUUCCAGAAAAUUCUAUUAGCCAUGAUUAGCACAAACUGGUUUACAGGUAUACUCGGAGCCACUGGAUGGGAGUCGGUCCCAUGCAAACCACACAGAUUGAGAGUGGGGAGGAGGCUGUGGCUAGGAGGAGGUGUUAAGCUGAAUAUAUUUUUAAUACAUUUAAAUAACCUGUAGAAACUUAAAAAACAAACAAAACAAAACAAAACUCCAUAAGCUCCCCAAGAAUUUUCCACAGUCUACUACACCCUCACUUGCAAGACUGGUGCACUGUGUACUCUACUGGGUGGACGGGUUUAAAUAAAGGAUGAAUAACAGUCUCUGCGCUCAAGAAACGAAUUAGAGUUUCUUUCAGACAGAAACUGGUCAGGUACAGAGAAACCUCCUGCUCCGUUUCAAACAGGACAUUUGGCCCAGGGAAGUGUGUGACAAACAGGCGCUGAUGGAAGCGUGAGGGAGACUGGAGAGGCGAUGAGCGGGAGGGAGGAAGGGCGAUGCCCGUGGGAAAGAUGCUGGCGGCCCUGGGUGGCGGCGGGUUCUGUCUGGGUCUGCCGGAGCCCGCCGCACCGACCCGGGGGAGCGGCGGAAACGCGCUGCGGGCGUCCGCGGUCACGCACACCUGCUGUCCCUGCGGCCACCGCGCUGGCGACCGCAGCACAUGCCAGCCACUGUCCCCAACUGCCAGGGCGUCGGCGCCAGAGGUCAGAAGCCGCUCCCUUCCUCCUGCCCCUGAUGUCCCAGCUGUGCGCUCUGUGGGGGGACGGAAGCACCUGGCCCGCCACGUGGCCCCAAGUCACCAGACGGCGACGGAGCUGAGGACAGACCGGGAGGGGGCGCUCGGAGCGAGGACAGGAUCCCGCCCCGCCCUACCGCGCCGCAGGCGGUUAGCUACGCGGCAAACCUGGGACGCGACAGCUGUGUGUGAGGAAACCACGCGAUGCAUCCACGGCCCGGGACGGCCCCGGAGCCAGCUCUGGAGCCAGCCCCGGAGAGAUGCGCGCAAAGGAGCCCUUGGUCCAUCCCUCCGGCCCGCGAGCAUCAACCGCCUCCACGCGCCGCCUAAAGGGGCGACAGACUUCGGGGUGGCCGCAGCCGCUCGUGUGAAGGGGCAGCGUCCGUCCCAUCACCGAAGUUCACGAAGGGCGGGGAGAAGGGGACCCCGCGCAGGGUCUGGAGUCGGUCCUCAGCGCGUGCGGGGGCGGGGGGCGUCACUGGAGGACCUGAGUCAGGGAGUGACGGGAUCGGACUAACCCCGGGUCUGGAGAAGGUGUUUUAGGAGGGACUAGCCCGGGAGGAGAACGCCCCGCCCCUCCGGUCCACGAGGUUCGGGAUAACAAGGCAGGGGGCGCCCGGGGGCCCUCAGCGCCCUUCACGGCAGGCUCCCCGCCGCAUGCAGGGGAACUGCGGUCCCCUCAGUCUGCACAGGUCAUAAAUAUGUGCCACCCGAGGACCUUUAUAAACAGAAUUCCAGGUCUUGAGAGAGAAACAUGGGUCUUUGGAAAGAGUUCCAAGGCCGACACUGCCGGCGACACGCAUGUCAUCAAAGCACGUGAGCUCGCCCGCUGGCCCCACGCCCCCACACCUACCCGUCGUCUACUGGAAUCGGUUCUGAUUUUUAUAGGAACGAAAUGGGGAGGGGGGGGUGUAUGUAAAGAAAACAUACUGCGUCCUUGUGUCAUCUGUUCAAGUGAACAGGAACA